UGUGCUGCUUCCUUCUCAGUGCACUGGAGUUUGAGAUAAAGGAAGAGUCAGUCUUACUGAGUGAUGCUCAGUCUUUGCUCUCCUUCAUGGCUUCUGCUGGGAAUAUUUUGAAUUUUCCUUUUUAAAAUAUUCCUUAUUCCUGCAGUCUCUGUUAUGUGAAGCAAUUCUCCUUUUAUUCUAACCCAGUGCUGAGGCCCUUACUCAAAUUGUUGGUAAAACUGGCUUAUUUCUCCAAUUAGUUUGGUCCUAAGAGGUAACAAAUAGCAGCUGUAGCAUGGGAUUUUGCCCAAGUCUAGUCAUUUAGUUGUUGCUGUUUGCCCUCCUCCUUGUUAUAGAUCUCCAACUUGUUCUCUUGCACAGAAAGAAUUGUCUCUUGUAUCUGUCUCUGGCAGUAGUUUCCAGAGUUUGCCAUAUUUCUCCACUGUGGUUUUUUUAGGAAAGGUGAGAUCUGAAGCUCAUUUUAGGAGUCUUCAUUGAGAACCUGUGAAGGUGAUGUUUCCUGACAGACAAACUGUGAACAAGAGCACCCAGGGAUUUUCCUGCCUUGCUCAGUGCUGGGUGCUCCUCUCUUUGCAAGGGACCAGUGGGAUCUGAAGGAGAGUCUGUAGCUUCUUGCUGCAGGGAAAGAAAUGGUUUGGGAGUAGCUAGAGGAGUCCUGCUUCUGACUGGGGGCAUCUGUCAGUCAGCAGCUGAACUGAGCUUGGUUUUAGCAAGGACACCCGGAGAAUUAGGAUUGGUGAGAGUCUGAGAGAUCACAUUAGGGCUGUAUAAUCUCCUCAAUAGGUGAAAAUCUUGGCUUUCUCAGGAUUAUCUUUACACAGGAAUGGUUUUGAUAAUGAAGCAAGCUUCAGAAGUUUCCUUCUUGCCCCUGCUUCCCACUGUGUUUUACGACUGGACAAUUACAGCUGUUUAUCUGGCUGUGGUAAAUUGGGUCAUUGAACUGAUUUGAGUUAAAAAUAGGCAUCCCAAACACCAGCAGCACUGAUGCAAUGGCAGAGUUUUGACCAGUGGCAGGGGGACUAUAAACUCCUUUUGCUGCUGAAGCCAGAGUAACUCAUAACUACAUUCUUGCUAUGUUAUCUGGUCACUUUAUUCUGUGGUGACAGUCAAAUAGUAGAUUUGAAAGGAAAAAUAUUGAAGCUUGAUUGUGGUCAGCAGAUCAAAAUCUGCUGUCUCAAAAUUAGCUGUACUCCUCUCAGAUUAACUUGUAUGCUUUACAGCUAUAAAUAAUAAUUUCCUGUCUGCAGAGUAGGCCCAGUCAAGAAGACUAAUCAGUGUGCAAACAUUGCUGCUAAAGAGUGCAGAUACUGAGUCUGGCUGCCAGUGAUGCAUGAAAUGAAACAGAAUAGGUCUAGGCUUCCCAGACUGGCAACAGAGCCAGCUUUCUAAUGGCUGGGCUUGAUCUUGCAAAUUUGUUAACUGUGGAAAUGCUUCUAUAUGCCCCUACAUCUCAUAUGAUUCAUUACUAAACACCCCCACCAAAAAAACCCCAGAACAAUUCAGCAAACCCCACAUCCCAAAAGAAUACCCUUAAAUAACAGCCACAUCACAUUUACAGAAAGCUUUUCCCACCCUGCUGUGGGAUCAUCUUAAAGGAAAAAUUUGGAGAGGGUGGAUGGUGUUUCUUAAAUACACAGAAAUGGUUGCAGGCAAGCCUAAUCUGUUAUCUCUUUGGUUUGUGAAGCAAGGUAGGGAAUUGAAAGAAUGUGUGAAGACCCCCGUUUUCACAUAUUAAACUGUUUUUUUAUGCUGUGACUAUCUCUUCAGGCUCCUGAUUUAUGGGUUGUAUUUAUGUUAUUCUCAGCCUGCACUGCUCUUGAGCCAGGAAUGCAGGUUGCACACAGCACUGCUCUCUGAACUGGCUGCUGCUGACUUUAAACUACCACAGAGGGAAUGUGGAUAUCUCUGUUUCUGAUACCUUGAUUUUUCAUCCUGCUUUGUUUUUCCUCUCCUCAGCUUAAUGAAUAUUUUUUUAUACAGAUGUAUGGAGCUUUGUGUGAUGAAACUCUGUAAUGAACACCUGUAAACUAUGUGGUUUUUACAGCCUGAAUGAGAAGAGAUACAGACAAAACAAGAAUGAAGGGAGUUGUGUAGGCCUAGCAGUAGAGAUUGGAUUAGGAAACAGUAUGGAUACUCUACUCUGUUCAUUCUUCAGAAUGUCCUAACAGUAACGUAUUUGUGAGUUUGCAAUUUCUAAUGUGCUCAGAGAAACGGAUUUUUUUUCUCUUUAUGUUCUUCCAAGUCACAGGAACUUUUUUGUUAUUUUUGUGAGUAAAGACAUGGGAGGCAAACCUUUUGGGAAUUGCUGAGGGAGAUGUGAGCAAGGCUCAGGAUGAAAACAUGGGUGAUGGGUGAGCUUCUCCUCGCUGAGCUAUAGAGCAGUGGUACUGGCCCAGCUGCUUCCAAAAGUGUGCAUACAGCUCUGGUGGGUGGCACACAACUGAAACAUUCUGGUGACUUGUUGGGCUUGAGAUGAGAAAGGAUUCUAAAAUAAUGAGGCUUCUUUCAAGAUAGUUACUAAGGCAAUAUCCAGUCACCAGAAGCAACAGACAGCUCCUGGGAAUCUCAGAAUGGAAGAACUCUCAUUAACCUACUUGGAGCAAGGGGUUGUGUGCCCAUGAAUGCCUUGUAAUUUCAUGACUUCUGUUCUUGAAAGGGCUUGAUGGUGUGUUUCUUGGAGCAGAAGUGUAAAAUGAAAUACUGCCUUUUGCUAAUAGGGUUGGGUGACCUGAAAUAUAUCCAAGUGGAAUAUGAGGAAAGGCAGGAGGAGACAGGGUGAUUUCUGAUGAGUCUUGUUGCCACUCUGACUGACUUUACUUCUUAUUCUGGUCUUUGUUUCCAGCACAAUACUGAACAUAGAUUUGUUAAGUAGAAUGCUAAAAUAAAAUUAUGAUUUCCAAGAGCAUUCAGAUAAGUAAGAGAUUCCCACCUCACUGUAGCUGCCUUGAAUGUAUUGAAAAUCCAAUAUGUCAGCCUUCCUACUUGUGCCUUUCUCCUCAGCUCACCAAUUUUGUUGCAAAUGCUUUCUUAAAAUAAUUAGUGGAGCAGAAAGUAGAAGUCCCUGAAUAACUACUGUGAUGAAAUGGCAGUGUGUUUACUGUAAUGACCUGUUUGUUCUUUCCCUUAGGCACAAUGGCCACGGUGGCCCAGAAGCACUUUCUGGAAGGGCAGACAUACUCAGUGCCCUUGAUCCAGCCAGACCUGCGCAGGGAGGAGGCUGUGCAGCAGGUGGCAGAUGCACUUCAGUAUCUGCAGAAGGUGUCAGGUGAUAUCUUCAACAGGAUCUCUCAGCGGGUGGAGGCCAGCCGGGCACAGCUCCAGGCAAUUGGGGAGAGAGUCACACUCGCCCAGGCGAAGAUUGAGAAGAUAAAGGGCAGCAAGAAGGCAAUUAAGGUAUUUUCCAGUGCCAAGUACCCGGCCCCUGAACGGCUGCAGGAGUACAGUUCCAUUUUUGCUGGUGCAGAAGACCCAGCUAAACAGAAAUGGCCGAGACACAAGAUUCAGAGCAAACACCGAAUGCUGGAUGAAAAAGCUCUGCAGGAAAAGCUCAAGUAUUUCCCUGUGUGUGUGAGCACCAAAAUUCACCAGGAGGAUGAUGCAGAAGAAGGCCUUGGCAGCCUUCCCAGGAACAUCAGCUCCCUCAGCUCCCUGCUACUCUUCAAUACCACCGAGAACCUGUACAAGAAGUAUGUGUUCCUGGAUCCUCUGGCUGGAGCAGUGACCAAGACCCAUGUGGCUCUGGAAACAGAGACAGAAGAGAAGCUCUUUGAUGCACCCCUCUCCAUCACCAAAAGGGGACAGCUGGACCGACAGGUUGCUGAAAAUUACUUCUACGUGCCAGAUCUGGGCCAGGUCCCUGAGAUUGAUGUGCCCUCCUACCUGCCAGACCUGCCUGGCAUUGCUGCAGAUCUCAUGUACAGCGCUGACCUGGGCCCUGGCAUUGCACCCUCUGCCCCCAGCAGUGCUAUUCCAGAGCUGCCCACUUUCAACACCGAGUCAGUGGAGCCUUUGCAACCAGAUCUUCAAGGUGCUGAGCUAUUGCCACCUCCUCCCCCUCCACCUCCUCCACCACCUCCUGUUAUGCCAACCCCGGUGCCUCCUCCACCACCUCUGCCCCAGCCCACAGCACCCUCGGAACCAGCUCGGACAGUGAGCGAGGAGAGCAGCAACACAGUGCCUGCAGCUUCAGUCCAGGGAGCCCCAAAGGAGGUGGUGAACCCCUCUACUGGGCGUGCCAGUCUCCUGGAGUCCAUCCGCCAGGCCGGGGGCAUUGGGAAGGCCAACCUUCGUAGUGUCAAGGAGAGAAAGCUGGAGAAAAAGAAGCAGAAGGAACAAGAACAAGUGAGAGUUACGGGACAAGGUGGAGAUUUGAUGUCAGACCUCUUCAACAAGCUGGUGCUGAGGCGCAAAGGUAUUUCAGGGAAAGGACCAGGAGCCUCUGGGAACAAUGAUGCUCCUGGCAGUCCUGCUGGUGCCUUUGCUCGUAUGUCGGACUCAAUACCACCCCUCCCACCCCCACAGCAGCCUGGAGGUGAGGAGGAUGAAGAUGACUGGGAGUCAUAGAUAAGAUCCAUUGAGUAUUAGUGUGAAACUGUUGCUGUCUGAAAAAUUUCCAUGAAGUUGAAGGAAAGGUCUUUACUGCCUUCACUUUGGUAAAAGUGGGAUUAUUAAGAAUGUGUAAAGGGAGAGCCCAGCUGUUCAGCCAUCCAGCCCAGCAUCACUAGCCACAGGCUGGAGGGCACCAGCUGCUAGAAGCAGGUGCUCCCCUCUCUGAAGGCAGAGCUUGUGCAGACAAUGGGUUUGGACCUACUCAAGGGCCAGGUUACUCACAAUGGAGGUUUCUCAGAGGCAGCUGUUUCUUUCCCUGUGGGGCUAAUUAACAUACAGGGAGCAGGUAACAGCUCUGUGCCAUAAGUACUUUCUUCCUUGUGAAGAGCCCAGAGAGGUAGCAUCCAACUGCUGGAACUGGAAAAGAAGCAAAGCUCCUGGGAUGAGACUUGCUCAGGAUGACAGGAGGUACCUGGAACAGCUGAGAGAUUAUGUGGCUGUUCCUGGUGCUAUUGCUGCCCUCCAGCACUGACCCAUAACCCAGGAAAAGUUAAAUUUUAAAAGUUACUGUGAAUUCAUAAACUUAGGGGUUAAAAACAGCAGAGCAAUCCUGUGCUUAAGCAUGAUCAAAGGAGUGGUGCUGUAUUGUGGACGUAUCUUUAUUCCCCUUGAAAGAAUGAGCUGCUGCAAUUUAAUGACUGCUUGAAGCAAGGCAGAAAGAGGGUCAGAAGAAGUGUUACCCACAGCUGCUCCAUUAUCACUCUGUAUUAUUCCAGUAUGACAUAAAUUAGUGGCCUGCUAGUUUACAAUUCCUGUGAAAAGCUCAGUGAUGGCAUUGGUCAGUCAGGCCUCCUACACUUGGUGGUUGAUGGGAAAAAAACAUGUGUUCAGUCAAAAUAAUUACUCCCCAUACUUAAGUGUACUUAAAUAAUACUUGCCAUACUUCAGUGUUUUUACUGAAAAUAUUUAAUCAAUUUAAAUAAAACCUUAACAGCUGUAAACAA